AUUUUCACUCUCACUCGCUGAUUGAAGAACACAAGCAGAAAAAAACAAAGAUUUCUUCUCCUUUUUUCAUAAUGGAGUAGAAAAUUGUUGACAUGUGACGAAUCCUUCCAUAUUUUCCUCCCCCUGUUUCUCUCACUGAUCCAGUACCAAUCUCUUUUUAUUUGCACACUCUUUAUUUACCAAGUAAUUACAUUUUUGAAGUAUUGUAGUUUUAUUUGCACUAGUAAGGGUUUGAGUAAUUUUUCUGGUUUGCCUUUGUGCAUUUAAUAUUCAUCAUAUAAUUCAUAAUCAUUCUUUUAUGUGUGUGUGUGUUGUACUAUGUUUUCUAGAAUUUUGAGAUUCCAUGAUUUUAAAGCCUUUGAUGUAUGUCAAUAUUUAAUUUUCAGCUAUGUUAUGUUGUUACUGUUGUAAGUGGUUAUGGUGAAGAGUAGUAUAGUAAGGAGUAAGUUAUCAUGGUUGAUUUAAAACAAUUGCUACUCUCAGUUACUUUGAAUGUGGUUGCUUAGCUAGGGAUCUUUAUUCAUUAUCGUCAUUGCAGAGAGCUUUAGGUGAGAUGGGAAAGACGAUUCAAGUGUCCGGCUUCCCUCGGCUUUAUACUGCUGAAAGUAUCAGAAGGUUCUUCUUUAAGCAUAGUGGAUUGCGCAAACUGUUUGGUCCUAUAUAUGCCAUACAAGUAAAAAAUGGGAAACAAGGAUCGAGGGCUUAUGCUGUAAUCCAAUUUGUGAAUAACCUAGAUGAUAGGACAUUAACACAUCUGACAAAUUUUCGCGUAGAUUGUGGCCCUUGUAUUUUGAAAUUUUGGGAUGCACAAGAUAUUGUGCCAAAUCCUAGAACAUAUGACAAUGUUAUGGAUGGUGUAACUCUGUUUUUGGGAUGCCAGUUAUCAGAAGAGAGGUUUUCAGUGCUGUGGAAGGCUGCAAACAUUUCUAUUAAAUUUGGAACGGGGCUGAAGAUUAUGCACUUAUUAUUGUCUCACGAAUCAAUUGAAUACAAGCUUCAGCUCUACCAUGAUAAUAUAUGGCAGAUUGUGAUGUAUGAUUCAGGCAAUCAAGCUGCCAAGGUGCUUCUCAUACAGUUAUAUGGAGCACCGCGAAUAUACAAGAAGCUUGCAGACUCUAGGUAUAGCUAUUUCCGUCAAACUCCAGAUGAUCAGUGGGUCCGAACAACUGAUUUUACCCCAUCAUCAUGUAUUGGACAAUCUUCCGGUAUAUGUAUCCAACUUCCUAGUGGCAUUGAACUUCCAGAUUUUGAAAGACACUUUUUAUACUAUAAAGAAAGUAAAACACCCUUCACAUUGGAAAAUGGAGUGCCAUUUUGUGAAUUUCUGGAUCUAGUUCCGAUUAUGCAGCCUCCUCGAGGUCUUGAGUUGCCAUAUCGACUACUAUUCAAGGUCUGUUGUUUGGUACAAACCGGAUGUCUUCCAGGGCCGAAGCUAGAUGAAAAUUUCUAUCAGUUGCUCAAUCCAGAAAGAUAUGAUAUUGCAUACCUUGAGCAGCUUUUGGAAAAGCUUUACUAUUUAAAGGAGUGCUGUUAUAAUCCUCACUCAUGGCUUAUCGAGCAGCAUCAGAGCUACAGCGGCUUUAAGAAACCGAAACCUCAUGUUGUGGAUGAUGACCUGGUGCAUAUUCACAGGGUUCAAGUCACUCCAACCAAAGUGUAUUUCCAUGGUCCUGAAGUGAAUGUAUCAAAUCGCGUGUUGCGCAACUUCCAUGAUCACAUUGACAAUUUUCUUCGUGUUUCAUUUGUGGAAGAGGACUGGAGUAAGAUGUAUGCAUCUGAUUUAGCACCAAGGGGAGCUGAUGGGGAUGAGAACACAAGAACAAAGCUGUAUUCGAGGAUACUUUCAACUCUGAGGAAUGGCAUCACUAUUGGGAGCAAGAAAUUCGAGUUUCUUGCGUUUUCCUCAAGUCAACUAAGGGAGAACUCCCUCUGGAUGUUUGCCCCAACUGACAACCUUAAUGCUGAUGGUAUAAGGAGGUGGAUGGGCGACUUCAGUUCCAUACGGAACGUGGCAAAAUAUGCUGCGAGGCUUGGCCAGUCCUUUGGUUCAUCCACGGAGACGCUAAGUGUUACUCAGAAUGAGGUUGAUAAAAUCCCCGACGUCAAGGUUGUUAGAGAUGAAACAACAUAUAUCUUCUCUGAUGGGAUUGGAAAGAUAUCAGUCGACUUUGCACAAAGAGUUGCGAUAAAAUGUGGACUCAGAAGCAAUAUACCAUCUGCCUUCCAGAUCAGGUAUGGUGGCUACAAAGGGGUCGUGGCAAUCGAUCCGAAUUCACCAGUGAAGAUGUCACUGAGACCGAGCAUGUUGAAGUACCAAUCAGAUGAUACAAAACUAAACGUUCUUGGAUGGAGCAAAUAUCAACCGUGCUUCUUGAAUCGCCAAAUCAUCACACUCUUAUCCACUCUUGGGGUCGCGGAUCAUGUCUUUGAGAAGAAGCAAAGUGAAGCAGUAGCUCAGCUGAAUGAUAUUUUAUUAGAUCCGUUCAAGGCUCUAGAAGCUUUGGAUCUCAUGUCUCUAGGAGAAAACACUUACAUCUUGAAGGAAAUGUUGAAAUGUGGGUAUAAACCCGAUGAAGAGCCGUUUCUUGCAAUGAUGUUGCAAACUAUCCGCUCAUCACAACUGCUGGAUUUGCGGAUCAAAUCUAGAAUAUUUAUCCGACAAGGUAGAAAUAUGAUGGGAUGUCUCGAUGAAACAGGCACCUUAGAAUACGGACAAGUAUUUGUGCAAUAUUCUGGCGCCGGGCAGAGGAGGUUCCACGAGGAAUCCAUUGAUGAGUAUACACCUACUGACCGUAAUUACAUUGUUAAAGGAAAGGUGGCUGUUGCUAAGAAUCCAUGCUUGCACCCUGGUGAUCUUCGGGUUCUAGAAGCUAUUGAUGUUCCAGCAUUGCAUCACAUGGUGAACUGCAUAGUUUUCCCUCAGAAAGGAAUGAGACCACAUCCAAACGAAUGUUCUGGGAGUGAUUUGGAUGGAGAUAUAUAUUUUGUUUGUUGGGACCCUGAUAUGAUUCCACCGGAACAAUUCACACCUAUGGAUUAUGAUCCUGCCCCAGCCACACACCUCGAUCAUGAGGUUACCAUUGAGGAAGUCCAAGAAUACUUCACCAACUACAUCUUGAACGAGAGUUUAGGAAUGAUUGCCAAUGCCCAUAUUGUCUUCGCUGACAAGGAGCCAUCCAUGGCCUCGAGCAGUCCUUGUUUGGAGCUAGCUAAGUUACACUCAGUGGCAGUCGACUUCCCCAAAACCGGCAGACCUGCACAGAUCCCUCCUAAACUACGCGUCAAAGAAUACCCUGAUUUCAUGGAGAAGCUCGACAAGCCCACUUGUGAAUCCAAGGGUGUGAUAGGUAAGCUUUUCAAGGAGGUGAAGGAUUUUGCCACUGACACAACUUCCUUGAAGUUCACAAAAGAAGUGGCUAGAAGCUCCUACGAUGCUGACAUGGAAGUUGACGGUUUCAGAGACUACAUUGAGGAAGCAUUCGACCACAAAACCCGCUAUGACUGUAAACUGGGGAACUUGAUAGACUACUAUGGCAUCAAGACUGAGGGUGAGAUAUUGAGCAGAGCUAUUAUGAAGAUGUCGAAAACCUUUGACCGCAGAAAGAGCACUGAAGCGAUUGGUGCUGCAGUGAAGUCUCUGAGAAAUGAAGCCAGAUCAUGGUUCAAGAAAGGAACCAAAUCGGGCAAUCAAUAUGCAAUGGCCUCGGCUUGGUAUCACGUGACUUAUCAUCCUGAUUUUUGGGGUCACUACAACAAGGAUAUGAAGAUGAAGAGGAAUCACUACAUUAGUUUCCCAUGGUGUGUGUACGACAAGCUUGUCCAUAUCAAGAAUGAGAAUGCAAGAAAAUAUCAUUCAAAAAGCAGCUCUGGUCAAGAAGGAAUCAAGAAGAAGAAUGCAAGAAAAGACCGCUCGAAAAGUAGCUUAGAUCAAGGAGUCAGGAAGGAGAAUGCAAGAAAAGAUCACUCAAAAAGCAGUUCAUGUCAGGAAAUGAUGAACAAUGAGAAUACUGGAAGUAAAGAUCACUCAACAAGCAGCUCAGAUCAAGGAGGAUGCAAGAAAAUAUGGAUGAAAAAGGAGUUCAAAUAUCUUUCCUUGAAAUGAGUAUCUUGAGCUGAAAGUUGUACAUAUUUAAAGACUUAGAAGCAUUUUGUUCUGGUCAUAUUUAAACUAGACUUGUAUCUGUGUAUCUCAUUAUCUAAUCUAGAGAUGCUUCAGUUUGAAUGCAGUUA